CCAGUCCAGUUUGGCAUGUGACAUAUCUACGGGAACCCGUUGGAUAAAUUGUUCUGCGUAUGCGUGCCAAUCUGAGUUGGUGUACUGUGCAGAAUCAACACAGGACAGCAGAAUUCCAACCUUGGAACUGGAAAUUGUGUGGAAUGAGAGUGUUAAUAGGUAUGUAUAAAUGUAUAUGUCAGACAUGAUCUUCAAUAGCGUACUUAGUAACUUGUAACUGAGUGCUACAUUGGACGUAUACUAUUAGCUAGCUACAUAAAUAGUUAUCAAACAUGCAUUCUGUGGUCCCAGUUUCAUGUCAUGUGUGCGGUAACUUUAGAGAAACCACUUCAGUUUUGGUAAACUAAGGACAUUUCGUUCACAUUUAAAAAAACACUUGUAAAUGUAGCCAGUAACCUUGUUUUGUAACUGAGCAAAGUGCGCAUGCGCGUCAAUAUGACGGUUCUUUCAACGCUUAUCUUUUUUUUAUUUUUUAUUUAACCUUUAUUUAACUAGGCAAGUCAGUUAAGAACAAAUUCUUAUUUACAAUGACGGCUUACCCCGGCCAAACCCUCCCCUAACCCGGACGACGCUGGGCGAAUUGUGCACCGCCCAAUGGGACUCCAUAUUACAUUUACAUUACAUUUUAGUCAUUUAGCAGACGCUCUUAUCCAGAGCGACUUACAGUUAGUGAAUAUAUAUAUAUUUAUACUGGCCCCCCGUGGGAAUCAAACCCACAACUCUGGCGUUGCAAACGCCAUGCUCUAUCAACUGAGCUACAUCCCUGCCGGCCAUUCCCUCCCCUACCCUGGACGACGCUGGGCCAAUUGUGCGCCGCCCAUGAGUCUCCCAGUCGCGGCCGGCUGCGACAGAGCCUGGAUUCGAACCAGGAUCUCUAGUGGCGCAGUGGUCUAAGGCACUGCUUUGCAGUGCUAACUGUGCCACUAGAGAUCCUGGUGCCUUAGACCACUGCGCCACUCAGGAGCAGUGAUGCCUUUAGCACUAAAAUGCAGUGCUUUAGGCCGCUGCGCCACUUGGGAGCCUAAAACUAAAGUUAUCUGUGUUGCUUGGUGAGCUAAGAUUCUUAUGCCUAGAGUAAUUGCUGGUUGCUUAUACAGGAUCUAGAGUUUUAUUCAUAUUAUCAUCCAAAUGUCUAGCAUAGUCUGUUUUGGACUGUGAAAAAUACAAAUUUAAUAACAGCAGUUUCCCUAAUUGAAUCCAGUGGUUGUCAAACCUGUUCCAUGUAUUUGAUGUAUUCCAGAGCUAGCAUACCUGAUUGAACUUGUCAACUAAUCAUCAAGCCCUUGACUAGGUGAAUUAGGUGAGCUAGUUCAGGGCUACAACAAAAUUGUGAAACAUCUAGGGGUCCCCAAGAAGACGUUUGAGAACCACUGAUCUAAUCAAUCCAGUGAGCUUGUACUUCUCCUGGCUUGUAAUAUUGUUCUAUUCUCUCUGCCUUUUAUUUUAAUCAGGAGGAGGAUCUGGGUUUGUGGGUAGAGAGCUGACCCGUUUACUCAAGAACAAAGGUCAUGAAGUCACAAUAAUAUCUCGACAGCCAGGUCCGGGAAAGAUCACAUGGGUAUGAUUAUGACCUGACCUUUGCAACUAGUCAGUGGCAUCAUUUUAUAGCAUUUUCAUGGGCAGAGCACGCACUGAAAUAAUUGUAAUGAAUUUUCCUUUAGUACUAUAAUACAAGUAUUCCUCACUCCUACAGAGUAACCAUUCUUUAUAUUAGCAACCAUACCUGAAAUAUGUAUGCAUGAAUGACUGUAUGUCGCUUUGGAUAAAAGCAUCUGCUAAAUGGCAUUUAUUAUUAAAGUUAUUAUCUAUUGGAAUCUUUCAUGUUGACACCCAAACAUAACACAUGGUGUUACCUAAUAAACAAUAAAUAAAAAGCUAUCGCAUGCCCUUUUUGCAGGGUGAUCUGGAGUCUGGUGGCCUCCCACCAUGUGAGGGCGCUGUCAACCUGUCUGGAGAGAACCUUAUGAACCCACUGCGAUGGUGAGCAACGGAGUCCUCAUUACUUGGGGCCCUGUGUUUUGGUUAAUCAUGUCACAUGACCUGGAUUUUAACCUUUUUUAAGCCUUUUCCAGUAAUGAGAAUUAGACCAAAAAUGAAAGCAAUAGUCUUAGGAUGGUGCUGGACCAUCAGAUUUUAUUUGUCACGUGGCAAAUCCAACGGUUGUAGACUACCGUGAAAUGUUUGCUUAUGAGCCCUUCCCAACAAUGCAGAGUAAAAUACAAAAUUAGAAUUGUAACAAAAGAGGAAUAAAAUACACAAGCAUGGCGCUAUAUACAGGGAGUACCAGUACCAGAUCAAUGUGCAAGGGUAAGAGGGAUUUGAGGUAGGUAUGUACAUAAAGGCAGGAUAAAGUGACUAGGGAUCAGGAUAGAGAAUAAUAAUAAUAAUAAGAGUAAGAAUAAAAAACAGAGUAGCAGCAGCAUAAGAUGAGUGUAAAAGUGUGUGUGUUGUGUUGGUAUGUGUCAGUGUAGUAUGUGUGAGUGUGUGUGUGUAUAUAGUGCGUAUAUAUAGUAUUGUGAGUAUGCAUAGAGUCAUUGCAAGAUGGUUAGUUAAUUAAAUGGUUACAAGGACUAUUUAGGAGUCUUGUGGCUUGGGGGUAGAAGCUGUCUCGGAGCCUGUUGGUCCGAGAGCCGAUGCUCCAGGACCAUUUGCUGGAUGGUAGCAGAGUGAACAGUCUUUGGCUUGGGUGGCUGAAGUCUUUGUCAAUUUUUCAGGCCUUCUUCUGACACCACCUGAUAUAGAGGUCCUGGAUUUCAGGGAGCUUGGCCCUAGUGAUGUACUGGGCCGUCUGCACCACCCUCUGUAGUGCUUUGCGGUCAAGGGCGGUGCAUUUGCCAUACCAAGUGGUGAUGUAGUGAAUCAAUAUGCUCUCUGGUGCAGCUGUAGAACUUGAGGAUCCGAGGCCCUAUCUGACAUAAAAAGGGGACAGUUUGAUGAAAAACGCUUUAAAUACAGGUUAAUAUCUAGGUCAUGUGACAUGGUUAACCAAAACACAGGGCCCUACAAUUAUGUAUUUAUAUUCAUCAUGGACUGGACUCUCUUUCCAUACCACUCUUUGCCUCCCUCUCUCUCUUUUCUUUCUGUUUGUCCCUCUCAACCAUAAAGCAAUCUGCCCCCCCCCCUCUCAUUGGUUCUCCCUCCUCUCCAUGUUGGUACAGGUGGAAUGAGGGUUAUAGGAAGGAUCUGUUCUCCAGUCGGGUUGACACAACCACAAUUCUGGCUCAAGCCAUUGCUGGGUCCCCCAGUCCCCCUCGUGCUUGGGUCCUUGUCACAGGUGUAGGUAAGUGUCCUAGGUUCCUUGCAUAAAGUUUACAUUUACAUUUACAUUUUAGUCAUUUAGCAGACGCUCUUAUCCAGAGCGACUUACAGUUAGUGAAUACAUAUAUAUAUUUUUUUAUACUGGCCCCCCGUGGGAAUCGAACCCACAACCCUGGCGUUGCAAACGCCAUGCUCUAUCAACUGAGCUACAUCCCUGCCGGCCAUUCCCUCCCCUACCCUGGACGACGCUGGGCCAAUUGUGCGCCGCCCAUGAGUCUCCCGGUCGCGGCCGGCUGCGACAGAGCCUGGAUUCGAACCAGGAUCUCUAGUGGCACAGUCAGCACUGCGAUGCAGUGCCUUAGACCACUGUGCCACUCAGGAGACCCACUCAGUUUAAAUGACACUCACAACAUCCUUAGAUACUCACAAAACCCACUGAGUUACAAUAUUUUUACCAUAAUUGCUGGUUUGUUUGUCUCUGCCCCACAGCAUGUUACAAACCCAGUCUAACAGCUCAGUACACAGAAGACAGUGAGUGGACGCCGUUUGACCUCCUGUCAAGACUGGUGAAGGAAUGGGAGUGGGCGGGGCGUCUUCCUGAAACCAUUGCACAGAAUACCAGACAAGUAGUAAUCAGACCAGGUGAGUACUAUACAUUUAUUAUCAGAGUGUGUGUAUGUGAGUUAGAUACAAAUGGACAAUGUUAAUAUGAAUACGGUCCAUUGAAUGAGAUGGCAGUCUUUUGAGAUUUCACCAUUGAUAUCUCCUGCUCUACUGCCUUCCUCCACCAGGGGUAGUACUGGGCCGUGAUGGUGGUGCCAUGAAGCAGAUGAUGACUCCUUUCUGGCUAGGCCUUGGAGGCACGUUGGGGUCUGGCAGACAACCAUUCCCCUGGAUCCAUGUCUCUGACCUGGCUGGAAUCAUCGCUCAUGCCCUGGAGCCCUCUCCCAACACCCCCUCCUCUGCUGUCCCUCAAGUGUAUAACGGUGUCGCCCCUGCACUGAACACCAAUUACGAGUUCACCAAAGAGCUGGGCCGGGUUCUGAGGAGACCCACGGUCUUCCCUGUGCCUGGAUUUGUCAUUGAUGCCCUAAUGGGUUCAGAGAGAGCUGUAGUGCUAACCCAGGGUCAGAAAGUAGAACCAAAGAGGACUCUGGAGUCAGGCUUUCAGUACCAGUACCCAGACCUGAACUCUGCCCUGAGGGAGAUUGUUGGGAGUUAAUGUGAAACAGGAGACCUAAGGAGAUGUCAAGAGACUGAUGAGAUUAGAUUGUGACCUUUUUUCCUAAAUAAAUAUAAAAUGGACCCUGUUGUCUUCCAAAUAAAUGUUGUCCACUGCAAGAAAGGAA